CCAAGUCUACCAGAUAGAAGAUGAUAGAGGGCCAACUAUCGUUGCGUUGCACAAGACGGUGCCCUCUCAAUCAUUGUUCGUAGCCAAAUCUGAUAAUACGCUUCGGCGAUGUUACCUACUAAAUGAAAAGCCUGCUAGGUGAUCGAAAUCGCUCAGGUCACUGAGGACUCACUCACCUACUCCUUAUCUAUCUAAGAGUUUCCUCUAUCUACUGAAUUCAAAAGGCGACCCGCCGCGCCGGGCUAUAAGAUACAGCUGUUGUACUACUUGACUGGUAAGAAAGAGCUUCCGUAAGAAUUGGAGUUAUAUUGUAUGUACGAUAUAACCCUCUCUUCCGCUACUAGUGUUGCACAGAAAGGCCGACAGAAGCAACGUUUUUAGCGCGCUUUCAAAAGCGCUUAGCUUCUGCUAGCGGCGGGGCGGCAAGGCCAUUAAGUUCAGUUGGAAACCUAAGCCAAGAAGGUACGAACGAAGUGACGGGCCCCUUUAGAGAUAGGGGGGCGGCUUUCUUGUGGUAAUAAUUGAGAACAUUUCUCUUCUUCUCUUAGCGUACACAGUUUGCUUGCAUGCUGCCCUAGAUCUCUCUUUCUUAGUUUCACGCUGGCCUGAAUGAAAGUCAAGUCAGUCUUUUAGUAAGCGUAUAUAAGCAGCUGUUUCGUGUAUAAGCAAUUCUUUAGUGGUCGCACCGAAAGGUACGUACGGUAGAGGUUGGUUGAAGAUGAUGUUACGCAGCGUUCAGAACCAGCCUUGAAGUGAAUGAAUUAGAAGGAAGAAGUAAGAAAAUGAGACGACUCUUUUUUGAACUAUAUCAUAAACAGAUCUUCUUCUCCACACCAAUCACGAGUUUUUCUCCAUUCCUCUCGUAUAUUGUCGUAACGCCCUUAAUGCUAGGUUUUGAAAAAGACUUUUCAUGUCAUUUCCAUUUAGGUCCGAUUCGGAUCCCUCUGUUGUUUCCUUUUCCUCCCGCACCUUUUCUUCGAAAUGAGAAAGAAGAUGGUACACUCGAAUUGUAUUAUUUAAGUGCUUAUUGCUUGCCAAAGAUCCUACUUCUACAAUUGGUAGGUCACCGGGUUAUUCAAAUAAGUCGUGUUUUCUGUAGUUUUCCCAUGUUACAACUUCUGUACCAAUUCGGCCAAUCCGGAAUGGAUCGGUUAAACAUUCUAUUAGGGAGCCUGGUCUUGACUCUUCUGUGCGGUAUUCAUUCUUGUUUGGCUCUUGGAAUCACAUCCAGCAGUGGUUGGAACAGCUCGCAAAAUUUAACCACUUCACCUACUUCAUUGCCCUCAACCGUUUCUCGUACCUCUAUUGAAACAGAAUGGUUUCAUGUUCUUUCAUCGAUUGGUUAUUUUUCUUCGUUCGUAUCUCUUUUUCCAAUUUCGGUCUCGAUUAGUUCACAAGAUUGAAUGGCCAAUUCUCCUCCGGACCCUCGAUUCGAUUGUUUUCCAAGAAUGUUGGUUGAGCCGAGUAUGUAAGCCAUGUAUCUGGAAAUAACUUCAAAGUCAAAGAGGGGCUUUCGGUUCUUUUCACCCUCUUUUGGUCUUGCAGCUAUUAGGCUAUUAAAUCAUUUGAAUAUAAAAAGUAGAAAAAAGUCUAUUUUGAGCAUGUUCAUGUUCCUCUCGUACGUUCAUGAUAUUGCUUUCACAUCUUAAAAGCUCAAAUAAAUGAACUCUAAUGGACUUAGCUUGCUCGUUUCAUAUCACGCUUGACAGCGCCUUGACUUCCGAUUUGAGUAUAGACCUUUGUCCUAUUCUUUUUUGGCUAUUGCCAGAGAAGACAUCUAUGUUAUACCAGCAGACAUGGCAAGAAAAUCUUUCUUUUAUAAAGAAUGAGCCAAAGCCAAAUGCUGACCUAAGAAGGACGCUUGCGGGAGAGUUUUGAGUUUCUCGACAGGUGAAUGCUUUACCAAACUCGUAUAGAACUCCUUUCAUAUGUAUUGAUUUCCGUUUAUUACAUGCUUGGUUUCCUAAACGAUUUCUUCCCAGCACCCCCUGACCAAACAAAAAAGCGGAAAGCCAAGAUCUCUAUAAAGCGAAGUUUUUGGGAUGCAAUCAAGAAGCUUUUAACUAUGAGAUUCUUUCGGUAUCUAUCUAACAAUCAAAGGCUGACCUUCCUGCUUGAUUUCUCGAUCCAAUCUCGCACUUGGUCUGAUCGCGCCGUAGAUCAAGUUGUAACCGAAGUAGACCAAGAAAGGAGUAUGACCAGGCACUCUCUUGGAUCUCAUGGUUUGGAGCAAGCUCAGCUUUCCUUUCACUUGGCACGAGACACCGUACGCUACACAGAAGAACACAAGAUUUGUGAAUGAAUUUCACAUAUUGACAUUUCCACAUUAGAGUGAUUCAAUGGAGAAAGCAAUGCCCUUGAGGAGAGCACUUCCAGCUGUGAAGAUAGACUACUCACAUAUAUUCUUUUUGAGUCUUUCGGAGAGGAAUGUGAUUCAACAAGCAAUUCGUUCAUACUCUUUCCUUUCCCCAUAUGAUGAUGCUCUGUCUCUAUGGAUUGAGAUGAAAAAAACUUCCCUCUCCAUAGUAGGAUUCUCUAUGCCCAUACCUCUGACGAACCGAAUCAAGCAGUCUGAUCAUCCUUGUACGUCCCCCUCUUAUGUCAACCGUUGAAAGAGCAUAAUCCAGAACCCAGAAAUGAACCAUAUCGAUCCAAGGUUCCCAGUAAAGAGGGAAGGUUAAGCAGACCAUAGGAAGAGCCUGAUGAAGUCAAUCAGAGAGGUACGUAGUCGCUAAAGCGAAGUUUUUGGAUUUGUAAUAGCUAAAGCUAUGCUUUUGGAAAGAGAAAAUAGAAUAGCGAUAGAUCUUUAUAAACUAACAAACGGAAUAGAAUCCGAGACCUACGAUUUCAAUUGAGUUAAGUCAAUUGCCCCUUACCCGCUCGCCAGUUACACAGUAUAUCAGACACCCAUACACGACUUCUAACAUCGCCAUUCAAUAUUUCUAGCACUGAACUCACUUAAGCCGAAAGCUGCUAAAGCAACAUCGAGUGAGUACCAUUACUGCCUAGCCCAAAGAGGAACCCGGCCCGAAAUAGAAAGAAGGAAUAGAACUCCGAGGCUUUGAAAAGAAUAUAUGAGAAAGGAAAACUUCUUGUGAGCCGAAUGAGUCUCAUAGACAUCUCUUUAGCAUCCUAGCCCAAAGACUCCCAUCAUGGGUGAAAGCGCAAUCACAACUGUCUCGUGCUUAAAGGGUUUCGGGGUACUUGCUUUAUUUUAUGUCUUUCCUUCUUCCCUUCCUCGCUCAGGAAAGCUGUCCAACCUACCUAAAAUGGCUAACCAAUCCAAAAACUUCGCUUUAGCGAGUAAACAAAUGCUUCGCACUAAGCGAGUAAACAAAAGCAGAGCUUUAGCGAGUCAACUUCCUCUAGUUGAAGAGUAAUAGGACGGUAAAGAGGAGCGGCCUCCGUGUUGGCAGAGGCCAUUCAAGAUAUUCUGAGGCAGAGCAGUAGCACUGGAACUUUGGCGGCUAGCAUUUCGACCUUUGGCAAGGCCAGAAGUCAUCAUUUCAACGGCAAACUCUAUUCCCUUUUCCUAUAUCUCCGCUCUCGCUUCCGUACUCUUUUUCCUAUCUGGGAUAUCUCAUUUGAUCUCAGCAAGCCGCUUCGCGCUCAAAGGGAGAACUAGAGCUUCAAAAGAAGGCGUAGCGAGGGUUGGUAGUGUGGCCAGAGGCCCAGUUCAUCUGCACCUUCCCUUCUAACUUUUCUUAAUUCUUCUAAUCCUGCCUGCUAUACCAAGAGAAAGAAGACGGCUACCUUCUCAUUUUUCUCUGUCUUAGCUGGAGAUAAAGUCGCUACAUCCAGCUCAUAGAGGACGCAAUGACUCAGAUUCGCUACUUAUGCCUUUCUUUUCUACAUGAGGUAGGAAGAUAAGAGUAAGAAGAGAAGGCUAGGUCCCAGCCUAUUCCACAAAACAAAUUUGCUUUAGGCUUCUUGCCAAUAGUGAGAAAAACCUUGCUUAUCCAUCUUGAGAAAUAGAAAAUAUAGAAAGAUAACUCGAUCAAUGUCUUCCGUCUUUUUCCGCUAUAACCUUCAAGGAAGACAAGAGGAAGAUGCAAAAAGGCAAGACAGAUGAUAAGAUGAUGCAUCUUUGCGUCUUUUUGUCUGGAUCUAUAUAUAGAAAUAGAAGCUCGAAUUAUAACUCCUUCUCCUUUUAUCCUAGCGCUCUCAAGCUAAGGUAGGUGGAUCCCACUCUAAUAGCUCUGACUAAAUGAAAUACAUGCAUUAAGAUACGAAGGCUUCUUAUUCCACAACAACGAAAUUUUUCAUAUACUAGGGGAUUCGAGUCCAUAACCAUGGGUUCCAAUCAGAUCUUGUAGCACUUACCAAUGAGGCCCUAUCGAUUAGUAUUACACAGCUUAAAUCAAUUAUAGACACUAAUACAAUUCGAUCCGCUCUUCAUAGACAAACUUGGGAUUUGCGAUCCCAGGUAAGAUCGGGUCAGGAUCAUGGAUCCUAUUUCUAUCUAUAUGAAGAAAAAAUAAUGUAACGUAUGUAAUCGCUAAAGCUCUUGGAGCUUUUGUUUACUCGCUAAAGCUAUGCUUUUGGAA